GAGCGGUUCCUCCCCCCCAGAGUGAGUGACGGGAGGAGGAAAUCUCGCGACAGCCGCCUUGGUUUUUCUCGUCUGCCUGGGAAAUAGAGCGUUGGUCCGCACGAGGGUGACGGUGUCUGUGUGCAUCUCUUUGGGAGUUAAACAUGGAGCAAGGAAUGGAAUACAUGAAACAGCCUGCAACUCAUAGCCAGGGGAACAUCCUGUGUUGCCAAUGUGGCAUUGCAAUCCCACCAAACCCAGCCAACAUGUGUGUAUUUUGUUUACGGACUCAGGUGGAUAUUACAGAAGGAAUCCCUAAGCAAGUCACUGUGCAUUUUUGCAAACAAUGCGAGAGGUACCUUCAGCCACCAGGAACUUGGCUACAGUGUGCCUUGGAAUCAAGGGAACUUUUGACAUUGUGCCUUAAAAAAAUCAAAGCUUCUCUUAGUAAGGUACAUUUGAUUGAUGCAGGAUUUGUAUGGACUGAACCACAUUCCAAAAGACUUAAAGUAAAACUGACUGUUCAAAAAGAGGUGGUGAAUGGUGCAAUUCUUCAACAAGUGUUUAUAGUAGAGUACAUUGUUCAGUCUCAGAUGUGUGAUGAUUGCCAUCGAGUUGAAGCAAAGGACUUCUGGAAAGCAGUAGUUCAGGUUAGACAGAAGACGAUUCAUAAAAAGACUUUCUACUAUUUGGAACAAUUGAUUUUAAAGCACAGACUUCACCAGAAUACUCUACGGAUAAAGGAGAUUCAUGAUGGCCUGGAUUUCUACUAUUCUUCAAAACAGCAUGCUCAGAAAAUGGUGGACUUUCUUCAGUGUACAGUUCCUUGUAGGUCCAAAUCAUCCCAGCGUUUGAUCUCUCAUGACAUUCAUAGCAAUACUUACAAUUAUAAAAGCACCUUUUCUGUGGAGAUUGUACCAAUAUGCAAGGACAAUGUUGUAUGUUUGUCCCCAAAACUGGCUCAGAGUCUUGGGAAUAUGAGCCAGAUUUGUGUUUGCAUCCGAAUAACUAGUGCUAUUCACAUCAUUGAUCCUAAUACAUUGCAAAUUGCAGAAAUUGAUGGAAACACUUACUGGCGUCAUCCGUUUAACAGCUUAUUCCAUCCAAAGCAAUUGGAAGAAUUUAUUGUAAUGGAUAUCAGCAGAGUCCAUGAAAGGAAGCAAAAUGCUGGUGCAGGGAUGAAGUCCACCAAACAUGCACUUGCUGAAGCUUGGGUUCAGAAGACAUCAGAACUGAACACAGACCACCAGUAUUUCUGUCGCACUCACUUGGGACAUCUGCUGAAUCCUGGAGAUCUUGCGUUGGGAUUUGACUUGGCCAACUGCAAUCUAAAUGAUGAAUUUGCAAAUAAGAUGAACCCUCAUAAUGUUCCUGAUGUGGUACUGAUUAAGAAGUGUUAUGACCGCACUAAACGUCAGCACCGCAGGAACUGGAGACUGAAAGAAUUAGAAAGAGACAGAGAGGACAUGGAUACAGAAGAUGAAAGACAAUACCAAGAUUUCCUAGAGGAUCUAGAAGAAGAUGAGAUAAUUAGAAAAAAUGUCAACAUCUAUAAAAAUCCAGUCAUUCCGGUGGAAAGUGACACAGAUGAUGAUGGUAUUCCCCAGAUUAGCCUUGCUGAAAUGUUGGAGGAUCUUCAGAUAUCUCAGGAUGCUACUGGAGGAGAGGGUGCUGAUAUGUUGACAGAGUCAUAAUGUCUGUAUAAGUUAAUAGAUCUUACUAAUGUGACUGUUCUUCUCUACAGAAAAACAGUCACAACUAAAAUCUGUUAUAGAUCACACAAAGUUAGGCAGAUAAUCUUGAAUUCUGAUGGAAAGAAUAAUUACUGAUUAAUAAAUUAAAGGAUUAUGUGUUUCA